AUGGUGAACCCAAAGUGUGUUGUCGAAUGGCAAAUGACGGACCGGAGCCGCAACUCUCCGGGGAGAUUUGACGAGAGGGUAUUGGAGCAGCUUCGCAGACGAGGCGUCUGGUGGUACUACGGGCAGUCUGUUAUUUGGGAGAGGAAUGCAGACGGCGACAGGACCGACUUGCUACCUCCUGAUGUAACUCCCACAAGGUCCUACCCCGGCAAUUGGCGUGGCCUCGGCUUCGGUUGGAGCCCCGAUGGAAACGGCGCAAACAGGGUUUACGGCAAGACUAUCCAGACGUCUAGUCUUUACGGGAAUAUGGGUUGGUUGGACGAGGAGAAUUCGAAAUAUUACAACGUCACGCGGAGGGAUGGCUUGGCAGUAAAGCUGCCUGAUGUACCGUUUCCAGUGGACGACAGUGCCCAGUAUUGGAUAAGCCAACGGGAUUUUCCACCGCUAGAGUUUUUCAAAUGGAACGGAAAGACAUGGACUACCGAGUUUCCGCCGGAAUGGUCAAAAAAGGUACCGGUAGGACCGCAAGAUGAACGCGGUAUGAAGCUACCGCGUUGGGAGUGGGCGGGCAGUGAUGUUGGAAACUAUGAUGGUGUUUACAAUGUCAACUUCUUGCGAAGCAAGGCGUGGGGCAUGGACUUUACCGCACGCAAUGCCGAUGGGACCAUCAUGUCAACCAUCGCACUUGUCAAGACGCCCUAUGAUACAAACGAGAAGCGGGAAGAACACGCAAGUUCAACGAUUCGAAUUCUCCAGGAGAAUGUCAAUCUGAAUAUUACUGACUAUUCGUAG